UUAAGUUCCUUGCUCCCUCUGAAUAGGCAUCUCUCUCUCUUUCUCUCAACUGAUCAAUGUCAACUGGAAGGAGGGCUUUGCUCUCACUCUCGGCCUUCUUCUUCCUCUGCUGCUAUGUCUCUCUAUCCCAUGCCCAGUCCUUCAGGCCCAAAGCUUUGGUAGUCCCUGUCAAGAAAGACCCAGCCACCCUCCAAUACCUCAUAACCCUCCACCUCAAGACCCCUCUCCAACCCGAGACCCUCACCCUUGACCUCGGCGGGGCAUUCCUCUGGCUCGAAUGCGGCACGACCUAUACCUCCUCCUCAUACCAGCCCAUUCUCUGUCGCCGUUCCCAGUGCUCCAUCGUCACUACUGGUUGCGCCCGCUGCUACACCCUGCCUGGCCCCGGGUGUGCCCCUAACAGAACGUGUGGUGUCGUCCCAUCCAACCCAUUCAUCGCCAUAUCCGGCCUCGGCGGACUCCUCGAAGAUGUGCUCGCGAUCCGCUCGACCGAUGGCAGAGCCCCUGGCAUACAAGUCACUACGCGAAAUUACCUCUUCUCCUGCGCCCCCUCCUCUCUAACCAAAGGCCUUGCACCCCCCUCUCAUGGCAUCGCUGGCCUUGGCAAUCGCAAGAUCAGCCUGUCUGCACAGCUCGCCACCAAGUUCAGCUUCCGCCCACGCUUCGGGCUCUGUCUCUCUGGCUCGUCCAAGCAUCCCGGCGUCCUCUUCUUCGGCCAAGGCCCAUACAUGCUGCGCAACCUCGAUGCCUCGAAGGUUCUCACGUACACUCCUAUUGUAGUAAACCCAUUCGGUACCGCAGCCGCAAACUGGGAAGGGGAGCCCUCGAGCGAGUACUUCAUCAAAGUGAAGGGCAUCAACAUCGAAAAAAAGGCCGUCGAGCUGAACACCACCCUGCUGGAAUUUUACUGGGCAGGAAGGGGCGGCACCAAGAUCAGCACCGCAAUCCCAUACACCAUGCUCGAGGUCUCCAUCUACAAAGCCGUGACUGCGGCCUUCGUGCGUGAGGCAGCACUCAUGAACCUGACGAGGGUCGCUGGGGUGAAGCCGUUCGGCGUGUGCUUGAGUCCAGAGGGAUUGCCGUUUACGCUCACUGGAGCAAUCGUGCCGGAGAUCGAGCUGGUGCUCGACAACGGUGAGACGUGGCCCAUGUAUGGCUCCAAUACCAUGGUGGAGAUGAGCAACGGUGCGCUUUGUCUUGGGGUUUUGGAUGCGGGGCCGUCACCGUUGUCUUCUAUCGAUGCUUCCAUCACCAUUGGAGGGCAUCAGAUAGAAGACAAUAUGUUGGAGUUUGAUCUAGGUUACAAAAGGCUUGGGUUUAGCACUUCUCUGUUUCGCCAUGGCAAUACAUGUGGGGACUUCAAAUUUUGAAGUGACAGAUUCGUGGGUGGCUCAUGAAUCCUUAAGAUGGGGCA